CCAUCUCACGCCACCCAGCUUGGUACCCCGGAAGUCGUCUCAAGACGGGCUGUGGCUGUGUUCAGCCCCGCGCUGCCCCUAGGUAGUCGGGGGGAGGGGGGAGGUGAUGGCCUUGGGGAGUAGGGAGCAGGAAGUCACUGUUACUACCGGAGCUCAGGGCAGGUCCCAGUCCCCAAGCCCCGAUAUGGAGGGACUGCUCCGGAGCGUGGAGAGGGACCUGAACAUCGAUGGACGGCAGCUAGCUCUAGCCCCGGGGGGCACUCACGUGGUGGCCUUGGUGCCUGUGCGCUGGCUGGCCAGCCUCCGUGAGCGCAGGCUGCCGCCAGGACCCUGCCCCAGGGCCGAGGGCCUAGGCGAAGGGGAAGUCAGGACUCUCCUGCAACGCUCUGUGCAGAGGUUGCCCGCGGGCUGGACUCGAGUGGAGGUGCACGCUUUGCGGAAACGGAGGCUUUCCUACAUGCUGGGCGGGGGUCUGCCCUUUGAGGAGGGUUCCAGCAGCCCUGAAACGCUCACUCGCUUCAUGCAAGAUGUGGCUGCCCAGAAUUACCGCAACCUGUGGCGCCAUGCAUACAAUACUUAUGGGCAGCCUUAUAGUCACAGCCCUGCCCCCUCAGCUGUCCCUGCUCUGGACUCAGUAAGGCAAGCUCUGCAAAAGGUCUAUGGUUGCUCCUUCAUGCCAGUGGGUGAAGCUACCCAGUGCCCAUCGUAUGGCAGAGAUGGUCCCUGCCCCCCUCGAAGCAGCCCAGCCUGCCCUAGUCUUUUGCGAGCUGAAGCUUUGCUGGAGUCACCAGAGAUGCUCUAUGUGGUACAUCCAUAUGUCCAGUUCUCCCUGCAUGAUGUGGUUACCUUCAGCCCUGCAAAACUGACCAACAGCCAAGCCAAGGUGCUCUUCAUUCUCUUCCGGGUGCUGCGGGCCAUGGAUGCCUGUCACCGCCAGGGGUUGGCUUGUGGGGCCCUGUCUUUGCACCACAUUGCUGUGGAUGAGAAGCUUUGCAGUGAGCUCCGCCUGGACCUAAGCGCCUAUGAGAGGCCUGAGGAGAAUGAGAACCAAGAGACUCCUGUAGCAGGAGAUGGGGCAGGCACUGAACCUGAACAGGAGCGUAGAGAAGGACCUGUAUGUCUCACCUGCCAGGAGGAACUUAAAAACCUUGUACUAGACUGGGUCCAUGGUCGUAUCAGCAACUUCUACUACCUCAUGCAGUUGAAUCGGCUGGCAGGUCGGCGGCAGGGGGAUCCCAACUACCAUCCAGUGCUGCCCUGGGUAGUGGACUUCACCACGCCCCAUGGGCGCUUCCGAGACCUGCGCAAGUCUAAGUUCCGCCUCAACAAAGGGGAUAAGCAGCUGGACUUUACCUACGAGAUGACACGACAGGCGUUCGUGGCAGGUAGUGUGGGCAGCGGGGAGCCACCUCACGUGCCUCACCAUAUCUCCGACGUGCUCUCUGACAUAACAUACUAUGUAUACAAGGCUCGACGCACACCCCGGUCGGUGCUCUGUGGACAUGUCCGGGCACAAUGGGAGCCCCACGAGUAUCCUGCCAGCAUGGAGCGCAUGCAGAACUGGACCCCCGACGAGUGUAUCCCUGAGUUCUAUGCUGAUCCCUCGAUCUUCUGUUCCAUCCACCCGGACAUGCCUGACCUUGAUGUGCCAACCUGGUGCAGUUCUGGUCAGGAGUUCGUGGCUGCCCACCGGGCCCUGUUGGAGAGCCGUGAGGUGUCCCAGGACCUGCACCACUGGAUCGACCUUACCUUUGGCUACAAACUCCAGGGCAAGGAAGCUGUGAAGGAGAAGAAUGUGUGUCUGCACCUGGUGGAUGCCCACACCCACCUGACCAGCUAUGGAGUGGUGCAGCUCUUUGACCAGCCGCACCCCCAGCGCUUGGCUGGCAUAUCUGCCCUUACCCCUGAGCCUCCGCUUAUCCCCAGGCUGUUUGUCCAGCCCAUCCAGGAGACCACAGGCCGGGAGGACUUGCCAGGACAGCUGACAAAUGGAGUGGGUAGACGUGUUUUGGAGGCCACUUCUUGUGAGGCUGGAUGGACCAGAGACAGGCCCGUGGCAGGGGAAGAUGACUUGGAGCAGGCCACGGAAGCUCUGGAUUCCAUCUCCCUCGCUGGGAAAGUGGGCGACCAUGUGGUUUCCUCCUCCUCCAGCCAAGUCCCCGCUGGCCUCCUGUCUUUCUCUGUAACCUCAGCCUCUCGCCCAGGCCGCAGAAGUAGAGCUGCUGGAACAGACCCUGGGGAGAGUGAGGAGGGGAAAAUUCUUCUCCCUGAGGGCUUUAGUCCCCUGCAGGCUCUGGAGGAACUGGAGAAACUGGGCAAUUUCCUGACCAAAGGCCUAGGGGGUCAGCUGGAGGUACCUGAGCAGAUUCAGGUCCCACCACCUGUGCAGCUUCGGGACCUCUUUCAUCGGGACAUGCAGGCACUGGGGAUCUUAUUGGCUGAGAUGGUCUUUGCCACCAGGGUCCGGACGCUACAGCCUGACGCGCCUUUGUGGGUACGCUUUGAGGCUGUGCGGGGGCUCUGCAUACGCCAUCCCAAGGAGAUCCCUGUGUCGCUGCAGCCUGUGCUGAACUCACUCCUGCAGCUGAGUGCACCUGAAGGCCCCCGGGUUGGGGACAGGGGCAAACUGGACCUGCUGUUUGAAUAUAGGCCUGUCUCUCAGGGACUGCCCCCACCCUGCCCGGCCCAGCUGCUCAGCCCCUUUAGCUCUGUGGUUCCCUUUCCCCCGUACUUCCCGGCACUACACAAGUUCAUCCUCCUGUAUCAGGCGAGACGUGUGGAGGAUGAGGCCCAGGGCCGGGAGCUGGUGUUUGCUCUGUGGCAGCAGUUAGGUGAAGUGCUGAGUGACAUCACCCCUGAGGGCUUGGAGAUCUUGCUGCCCUUCGUGUUGUCUCUCAUGUCCGAAGAGCACACGGCUGUGCAUACAGCCUGGUACCUAUUUGAACCUGUUGCCAAGGCUUUGGGCCCCAAAAACGCCAUUAAGUACCUACUGAAACCUCUCAUUGGUGCCUAUGAGAGCCCCUGCCAACUCCACGGCCGCUUCUACCUGUACACCGACUGCUUUGUGGCCCAGUUGAUGGUUCGGCUGGGUCUGCAGGCUUUCCUCAUCCACCUGCUGCCCCAUGUCCUGCAGGUGCUGGCUGGGGUGGAAGCCUCCCAGGAGGAAAGCAGGGGCCUGGCAGGGACAGUGGAGGAUGAGGACAGCGGGCCCCCAGGGGCCGGGCCAGGCUCCUGUGCCUUUGGGGAGGAGAUUCAGAUGGAUGGGGAGUCCACUGCCUCCUCAGGCCUGGGGCUACUGGAUUACACUUCUGGUGUCAGCUUCCAUGAUCAGGCUGACCUGCCCGAGACUGAGGACUUCCAAGCCGGACUCUAUGUGUCUGAGUCACCGCAACCCCAGGAGGCGGAGGCUGUGAGCCUGGGCCGGCUCAGUGACAAGAGCAGCACCAGCGAGACCUCCCUGGGCGAGGAGCAGGCAGCUGAUGAGGGGGGCGCCCCUGUGGACAAGAGCAGCCUCAGGUCAGGGGACAGUAGCCAGGACCUGAAGCAAAGUGAGGGCUCAGAGGAGGAAGAAGAGGAAGAAGGCUGUGUGGUGUUGGAGGAGGAGGGGGAACUGGACGAAGGCACAGGGACGUCUGAACUCACUCUAUCUGACACGGUGCUAUCCGUGGAUACGGUGGUGGCUGGCGUGGGAGAUGGGGAGGAGGAAGAGGAGCCGCUGACUGAGCAUUCGGAGGGCAAAGAACAGAAGAUUCUCCUUGAUACGGCCUGCAAGAUGGUCCGCUGGCUGUCUGCCAAACUCGGCCCUACUGUGGCCUCCCGCCAUGUGGCCCGGAACCUGCUCCGCCUGCUGACGUCUUGUUAUGUUGGGCCAACUCGGCAACAGUUCACGAUGACGAGCAGUGAUGAGAGUCCCCCGCUAAGUGCUGGCAACAUCUAUCAGAAGAGACCGGUUUUGGGUGAUAUAGUGUCGGGGCCUGUGCUCAGCUGCCUUCUCCACAUAGCCCACCUUUAUGGGGAGCCCGUCCUCACCUACCAGUACCUGCCCUACAUCAGCUAUUUGGUGGCCCCGGGUAGCACUUCAGGUCCCAGUCGACUGAACAGCCGCAAGGAGGCAGGGCUUCUGGCAGCAGUGACAUUGACCCAGAAGAUCAUCGUGUAUCUCUCGGACACCACUCUCAUGGACAUCCUUCCCCGCAUCAGUCACGAGGUCUUGCUGCCCGUGCUGAGCUUCCUUACAUCCCUCGUCACGGGGUUCCCAAGUGGAGCCCAAGCUCGGACUGUCCUGUGUGUGAAAACCAUCAGCCUCAUUGCCCUCAUCUGCCUGCGCAUUGGACAGGAGAUGGUCCAGCAACACCUGAGUGAACCCGUGGCUGCCUUCUUUCAAGUCUUCUCCCAGCUGCAUGAGCUUCAACACCAGGAUGUGAAGCUGGAUCCUGUGGGCCGUGGUGAGGGCCAGCUGCCGGAGGUGGUCUUUUCCGAUGGACAACAGCGGCCAGUGGACCCCAGCCUGCUGGACGAGCUGCAGAAGGUGUUCACAUUAGAGAUGGCGUACACAAUCUACGUGCCUUUCUCCUGCCUGCUGGGUGACAUCAUCCAGAAAAUCAUCCCCAAUCACGAGCUGGUAGGGGAGCUGGCGGGACUGUAUUUGGAGAGCCUUAGCCCGAGCAGUCGCUGCCCAGCCAGCUUGGAGCCCACCAUUCCAAGCACCGACCCUGAGUGGGACCCCCAGGGCAGGGGCUGCCCCCAGGAUGACGGCCACUCAGGGACCUUUGGGAGUGUCCUGGUUGGAAAUCGCAUCCAGAUCCCCACAGACUCACAGCCUGAGAGCCCCGGGCCUCUGGGCCCCAUCUCUGGGGUGGUGGGUGGUGGGGGCCUCGGCAGCGGCAAUCAGAACCACGUCCUGAAACAGGAGUUGCCACGCAGUGUGCACGGGCUGAGUGGGAACUGGCUGGCAUACUGGCAGUAUGAGAUCGGUGUGAGCCAGCAGGAUGCUCACUUCCACUUCCACCAGAUCCGCCUGCAGAACUUCCCUGGCCACUCUGGGGCUGUCAAGUGUGUGGCGCCCUUGAGCAAUGAGGACUUCUUCCUGAGUGGCAGCAAGGACCGGACAGUGCGACUCUGGCCACUCUACAACUACGGGGACGGUACCAGUGAGACAGCCCCGCGCUUGGUCUACACCCAGCACCGCAAGAGUGUCUUUUACGUGGGCCAGCUUGAGGCCCCGCAGUAUGUGGUUAGCUGUGACGGUGCUGUACACGUCUGGGACCCCUUCACAGGGAAGCAGCUUCGCACAGUAGAGCCAUCUGACAGCCGGGUGCCCCUGACGGCUGUGGCUGUCAUGCCCGCCCCGUACACCAGCAUCACCAUGGCCAGCUCGGACUCUACCCUGCGCUUCGUGGACUGUAGGAAACCCGGCCUGCAGCAUGAGUUCCGCCUGGGUGGUGGGCUGAACCCUGGACUCGUCCGCUCCCUGGCGGUCAGCCCCAGUGGCCGCAGUGUUGUGGCCGGCUUCUCUUCGGGUUUCAUGGUGCUCCUGGACACUCGCACAGGCCUGGUUCUUCGAGGCUGGCCUGCCCAUGAGGGGGACAUCCUGCAGAUUAAGGCAGUGGAGGGCAGCGUCCUGGUCAGCUCCUCCUCAGACCACUCCCUGACUGUCUGGAAGGAGCUAGAACAGAAACCCACACAUCACUACAAGUCGACAUCCGACCCCAUCCACACCUUCGACCUGUAUGGUAGCGAGGUGGUCACUGGCACUGUGGCCAACAAGAUCGGCGUGUGCUCCCUGCUUGAGCCCCCCUCCCAGGCUACCACCAAACUCAGCUCCGAGAACUUCCGCGGCACUCUGACCAGCUUGGCCUUGCUACCCACCAAGCGCCACCUGCUGCUGGGCUCAGACAAUGGGGUCAUACGUCUCCUGGCAUAGGCUGAUUUAGGGGCUGGUGGGCCUGGUUUGACAGACA